AUGUCACGUUUGUUAGAAAUUUGUUACGGAGUUGUUAUCAUGGUUCACCUUUAUGUUUGCCCGUUCACAAAAGUUGAGGAAAGUUUCAACAUUCAGGCUGUUCACGACAUUCUUCAUCAUGGUUCCAAUCUGUCCAUGUAUGAUCAUCUUGAGUUUCCUGGUGUUGUCCCAAGAACAUUUCUUGGUCCUCUCAUCAUCGCCUUUUCUACAUGGCCCUAUGUCCAACUGACCACAUUACUUGGCUCUGAUAAAUUUUUUCAACAGUACCUAUGUCGAAUUUGUCUUGGAUUGCUUACUCUUUGUUCUUUCUUAACAUUAAAAAAAGGAGUUGCCAACAAAUUCGGAAGAGGCAUUUCAACUUGGAUGUGCAUCAUAUCUAUGGCUCAAUUUCAUUUCAAUUUUUAUGCAACUAGAACGUUACCAAACACCUUUGCAUUAAUUGGAGCUAUGCUGGCCACAUCUUCCUGGCUUAGAAACAGACCAGCCUUAACAAUAUGGAUCUCAGCAUUCACUUGUGUCAUAUUCAGAUCUGAACUUGUUAUAUUGCUUGGAAUGAUGAUCCUGUAUGACAUCAUUAGAAGGAAGAUCUCAUUUGGAAGAACUCUCCUUCAUGGAUUGGUGGCAAGCUUAAUAGCAAUCAUGCUAACAGUUUUGGUGGACUCAUAUUUCUGGAGAAGAUGGUUGUGGCCUGAGUUUGAGGUCUUCUGGUUUAACACUGCAUUGAAUAAAAGCCAUCAGUGGGGUACCUCACCGUUUUUGUGGUAUUUUUAUUCAGCAUUGCCAAGGUGUUUAGGCCCUUUCUAUAUUCUGGUACCUCUUGGAUUAUAUUACAAUCGUGACGUCAUCCCACUUACGCUGACGUCAUUCAUAUUUGUCUUCAUUUACUCAUUCCUUCCACACAAGGAGCUCAGAUUCAUUGUUUACGUCAUCCCUCUCUUCAAUGUUUCAUCAGCUGCCUUCUGCCACAAACUCUGGUUGACUCGGAACAAUGGCACAGUAAGAAAAUUAUUUUCCACACUUUCUGUGGUCUUCAUUGGUGUUACCGUUUGCAUGAGCUGCAUGUUUCUUUUUGUUUCACAUUGGAACUAUCCAGGUGGCGUAGCUUUGUUGUCACUGCAACGAUUGAAAGCAAGUGAUGAAGAUGUGCGCGUCCAUAUUGAUGUCAUGACAGCUCAAACUGGAGUUACAAGGUUUCUCCAAGUUAAUCCAAAGUGGAUAUACAACAAAACAGAAGGUUUAGUUGAAGGAUCAGAUGAAAUGUUAUCAUUCACUCAUUUGUUAAUUGGUGAUGAUGCUCCAGCAUCGGACCAUGCCGAUAAUAUAGCCUGCAUAUCAUAUUACGAGAGAACUCAUAUAGUUAGCGACCAAAUACUGGCUGUAGACGGCGUCAAACUUCUAAAAAGGCCUCCUUAUAUUGAGAUAAAAUUUAGAACAAAGAUUUAUUUGCUUGAAAAAAUCAAACUUUAUAAUAAAAUUUAG